AUGAAGCCGCUGCGCGCGUUCCCGCUGCCGCUCAACGUGGGUACCGACAUUUGCCAAAUCUCACGCAUCUACAACAUCCUGACCACGCCGCGGGCCACGCGCUUCGUCGAGCGCGUCCUGGCGCGCGAGGAGCGGCCGCGGCUCGCAUCCCUGGCCGGCACGCUCCCCCUGACCGGCGCCGGCGGCUGCGAUCCCUCGACGCGGGACCCGGAGGGUUGGAAGGUGGCCGCGUUCAUGGCCGGACGGUUCGCCGCCAAGGAAGCUGCCAUCAAGGCGCACGCGCACAGGCGGCUCACCCUUCACGACGUGGUCAUCGAGAGGCGCGCCGAGGGCGCCCGGUCGGAGACGCUGGGCAGCGGCCCGCCGGUGGCGAGGAUCAGGGCGGCGGAGGAGGACGCGGAGGAGGAUGAGAGCGCGUUGAUUUCCAUCAGUCACGACGGCGACUACGCGACGGCCGUGUGCUUGGCGCAUGAUCCCGGCCCGACGAGAUAA